AUGUUGAAACCAUUAGCACAACUUAAAGAAAUGGACAAUGACGAUCCCAAUAUUUAUUGUGAUGGUCUUAUAGAACACUAUGAACAGCAGCCUGAUGAGAUGGAAAACAUAUGUUUGGCUGAGUUUGCGGCCUAUUAUGAUUUCUUUAAGAAACAAGCAGAAACAAAGGCUAAUGGUUUACCCUUAAAAGAUGGAAGUGGCGUUUUAGUUAAAAGGGGUCAUGCUAAAAUUUUAGCCUACCGUAGUUAUGGACUUCAGCAAGACCCUCUUAACUAUUGUAGGGAACAAAUAAUGCUAUACAUCCCAUGGCGAAAUGAAGUGGAUGAAGUUGAAAAUGAGAACAUUGAUCAACAGACCAUAUACAAAGAUCGAUACCAAGAGAUUGUUGCAAAUCGACAAAAGUUCAAUGUCUUAGAUGAACAGGUAAUCGAUGAAGCCCUGAAACUUGCCGAAGACCGAUCAAAUCAAUUAGACGAUGGUGGAUUCGGUGGAGAAAUCGAUGAUGAGUUUAUGCCUUAUGGACUAGACAACCCCAUUUAUGAUCCAUUCAAUCACAUCAUCGAUAAGAAAGACGAUGAAGCGCCAGUAAAACAUAUCGCUUUCCCAACGCCUCAUCAGAUAAGCGAUUCAGAGUAUGAAGCCCUCAUAAGCAAACUGAAUCACAAGCAGUAUCAGUUCCUUAAUGUCGUGCAAGAUAGUCUAAUUGAAGGGGAAACUUUCUACUGCACACUUAGUGGUCCAGCAGGUACAGGCAAAAGUCACCUGAUUACGGCAAUAACCCAGUCGUUAUUGCGCCAUUUCAACUCAAUACCGGGAAAUAAUCCUGAAAGUUUAAAAGUGUUACUUUGUGCGCCUACAGGUAAAGCGGCAUUUAAUAUCGGGGGUAUAACCUUACAUGCGGCAUUAUCGUUACCCGUUAGUCAGUAUGGUGAAGAACUAAUUCCGUUACACCAUGACACCGUUAAUACUAUAUAUUGUAAUUUGUAUGACUUAAAAUUAAUUAUCAUAGAUGAAUAUUCCAUGGUUGGCGCCAGAUUGUUUGACCAUAUUAACAGUAGAUUGCAGCAAAUCUUUAAAUCUGACGCCAUCUUUGGAAAUAUUUCAAUAAUUUUAUGCGGCGAUAAUCGUCAAUUACCCCCAGUAAGGGAUAUGUAUAUUUUUUGCCCAGUAAAAACAAAUCCGUAUAAAGAAUUAUGCGGAACGUAUCUGUGGGAUCAUUUUAAAUAUUUUGAACUUUCAGAAAUAAUGAGACAGAGUGAAGAUAAGUCUUUUGCAGUUGCCCUCAAUAAUAUGGCGUUUGGUAAAAUGACCGACGAAGAUGUGCAAUUGAUCAAGUCCAGGGAAGUCGACAGUAUUGACCAAAUUCCUGAAGACACUAUGCAUUUAUUUUGCACCAAUGCAGAAGUAGAUGCAUUCAAUGAAAUGAAACUGUCUACAUUUAAAACCGAGCGAGCCGUAAGUCAAGCCAGAGACGUUAUCAAAGGGAGUUGCUCAGAACGACUAAAAAAUUUAUUUCUGGAACACGCAAAAAGCUUAAAAAAGGGGGAGAGUUUUGGCCUAAUGUUAAAUUUAAUAUUGCAGGUAGAUGCCAAAUAUAUGAUUUCAAUGAAUGUGGACACCAGUGAUGGAAUAGUCAAUGGUGCAACAGGCAUCCUACGUCAAAUAGACUAUGACCGAAGUAAAAUUCCAUUCAGAGUGUGGAUGGAGUUCUUCGAUUCCAAGUCAGGCCAGGAAUGCCGCAAGAGAAACGAAUCCCUUAGGAAGUCUAUGGGUGUGUUAUACACUUGGACGCCCAUAGAAAGAGCUGCCAGAGCUGUUAAAAUUCAAAAAGGCAGCAAUGUUCACGUUGAGCGUCUUCAGUUUCCUCUUGUAAUCAGUGAAGGAAUUACAAUCCACAAGAGUCAAGGUGCCACCUACAAACAGGUGGCUGUUCACAUUGGAAAUCGCAUGACGAGAACCAGUACCUAUGUUGCUUGUAGUCGGGCCACAAAGCUAAGUGGCCUCUACAUCAUUGGUAAGUUUAAGGCCCCUAAACCGGCAACCGAAAAGGAUGCUGCUUAUAAAGAACUGGAAAUUAAGAUUGAAGACGAUAUUACUACUUUGAUACAACUCUGGUACCGCUCUUUCCAAAAAUAGACUGCCAACCUGUGGAGAAUAUAG